AUCUAGCCCAUUUCGGUCCCUUAUUCAGUUCUCUUGUCUUAGGGCGCACCUCUGUUGGGCCCCUCUCGUGUGUGAGCCUCUGCAGAUGUCGGACAACGGCGCCGUUCUCCAGGGAGAUCAGCCCCUCCUCAGGACGACUGGCCUUGUGCUUGUCAUGAACACAGCAAAGGGCCGAGGCGUCUUCGCGACCCAGGAUAUCCCACGUGGUACAGUAGUGGAGGUCAGCCCGGUACUGAUAUUCACAGAGGAGGAGGUUGAGAAACACACGCAACACACCUGCCUUCAGCACUAUACCUACUACUGGCCGUCUGAAUCAGGCCGUACCAUGACCCAAGCCCUUGCGCUGGGACUUGGAUCGAUGUUCAACCACUCAACGCGGGAUCAAAACGUGGGCUGGAAGCGUAACACUGAGACCGAAGUCAUUGUCUACAUUGCACUCCGUGAUAUCAAGGCCGGAGAGGAACUGUGCAUCUCGUACGGAAGCGUGCGGCUCUGGUUCGAGGAUGUGGAUGCCAACGCCAACGGCGAAGAUAUCGGAGUUGACGAGAACGACACCGGAGGUGAGACACUGGCUGAAUUGGAGUUGAGCGGUUUGGGGAAGAUGGAUCUCUAGGCUUUUGAACCAGUCAUCAUCACAGAGGAGGGACGUCUGAGGCAACUGAAAACCCUACCCGAGGUGGCAUGCUGCACGAUGGUGAGGAUUCAAUCCCAUUACCGCCGCACGAGGAUCCCGCUAUGUCCCACCAUCUCGAGACGAAACCGUACUACCAAGUCGGCUAUCGACCGACCAUCCCUCAGCAAGGAGACUUUCGCGGAACCAUGAACAACACAUCGCCGUCCAGCUCAGACAACGACAGUCGGCUGAGGAAGACGAAAGCUAGAGCCACGUGGUACUAAGAUCUGGCUUCCGCCCCUCACAAAAGUCAACGGCGCCCUUGGUCCGUUUAUUGGGGGGAGGGGGGGUCAGCCUGAUUCAGAUCUUACUGUGUGUCCCUAACGUUAUCUUGGUUUAUCCGGCGGACCAACAUUCCCUCCGCGUGGCCCGCUUGGGGACAUUCCCUCCUGUCCUUUUGUCCCGGCUUUUCACAGUUGCGCAGUGCUCGCCAGCGGAAAAACGUGCCACAGCCAAACCUGUCUCGGAGGUCGGGCGCUAUUAAUCUUCACAGAUGAAUAGCCUCGGAAUACUUGGGGCCGGACCCAAUACAACCAGCGCCAACGACCAGCACCGCUCAAUCACUGACUCAACGACCUCCAGAUCGAGAGACCCUAAACAAAACGACAUCCCUCGGCAAUGUCUGACUGCGGCUUGGGGGCGGGACACGGGUAUCUAGUAGUAGUACCAUCAUCCCAAGAGGGUAUUUGACAACGCACUGCCUUUUCAAUCGACCACCUGAUUAGUUAACAAUCCACCUCUUCGCAGCUUCAUUCUAUCUGCU